AUGUACCUAAGCUGUCUGCAAAGGCCGUCACUCGGGGCCAUUGGAAGCCGCAUCCAUCGCCUGGUGGCCUCGUCCACUCAAGAGGCGCGCCAGCCCUCCUCCUCUCUGCCCCCAUGGCCUGUCUCAGGGCAAAGAGCGGCUAGCGAUGCCCUCACGGGCCAGCGAUGGGGAGUGCGCGACGGUCAUCACGAAGGGAAGGGAAGACGGGCGACAGACGCAAAAGACAAGAAGAGACAGCUUCACAUGACAGGUCAGCAGAAGAGGAACCGCUGCGCGAUAUGGCUUGAGCCGGGCUUUCGCACAAACUUGCCCAGCAAGCCCGUCAGCCGCAGUCCGUCGAGGCGCUGCCUAUCGUCCAUCCAUGGAGCUUGGGACUGCGCCAUAUGGGAGGCGGGUGAUGGAUGCCUAUCAUCUUUGCUCCCGCAUUUGACUUUCCGGUCCAUGGCCGCGAAUGACAAGAUGAAUCUGCCGGCGCAGACAACAUUGAACGCUACCCUCGCCGAUGUUCCCCCUCGAUACGAACCGUCAGGGAUGGUCGUCUUGACGUCCGUGUGGUCCAGAAGACACCAUGAAGCAAGACGCACGCAUGGCCGCCUUUGUUCGUCCGAGCCACAGCCAACCACAAGGCCCUGCCUGCAAGUGCGUCGGCAUGCCGCAUCUGCUCCCACCCACCCCAUCAUGCACCCUUAUGCACAAUCUCGUGCGCUAACGCAAGCAUGUGUGAAGAUGCAUGCCAUGGCGGGGACUGUCUUAUGUACGAGCUCGAGACUCCAACCUCCGACCUCUCCUCGGCAUCGCCUUGCUGGACACGCACGCACAGGUAUUACGCGCAGUUACAAUACUGCACAGUCCGCGGAUCAGUGGGUUCUAGAAAGAUGA